AUGGCCGGACCGGGGCCCUUCCUCUCCCCCAUGCCCGGAGACCUUCUCACUGAGUACAUGUUCGGCCGAAGACGACAGAGAAGAAACAGGACAACAUUUCGCCCGCAACAGCUGCAGGAGCUCGAGUCGCUCUUCCAGAAGACACACUACCCAGAUGUCUUCCUCAGGGAGGAAGUCGCGCUUAGGAUCAGCCUGUCCGAGGCGAGGGUCCAAGUCUGGUUUCAGAACAGAAGGGCCAAAUGGAGGAAACAGGCAAGGCUACAGCUGCUCCAAGACGCAUGGAGGAUCCGCUGCCUCGGCCUGAGCACGCCUCCAUUGCUCAUAGGCAGGGGAAACCAGGCACUAGCGGGACAACAGGACCAUGAAGAACCGAUUAAACUUUCCAACUCCAACGAACCGAUCAAUUAUAGACUUAACAUCCCAUGCCCGACAUUGGUGAGCGAGAAACCGCCGACAACGCUUCAUUCCAGCUACUCAGUGCAGAGCCUGACAUCGGUAUGCCCGUGCAACGUCCCUCAAAUACAAAGGGCUUCCGACGAGCCCGACGGAUCGCGCAGUCCCAGGGUGAUUACGCCGCCAACACCACCCUCCGAAUCACACGACUACAAUGAGCCUAUAAAUUACUCAGAACACAAAUAAAUUUCAAUUAUUUAAUAAAAAGAAAUCUUUCCUGUUAGGGAAUGUUAAUAAUUAACAAACAAAAAAUUUAUAACAAACAUUUUUAGAAUGUAGGCUUUACCAAAUUGCUUUAUUAACUUACAUCACUGUAAAUAAUCAUCAGGGUUUAAAUUAAACUUUGUAAAUAAAUAAAAUUUUCAAAAACGUGUAAAUAUCCUUUUUUCCCUUUUGUAGACAUUUUCUUGUAAAUACAUACAAAAUAUAGUGAUUUGAGAUUGUC